AUGGCGUCUCUGCGUCAGAAUCUAGUGCACAAGAUCAUUCUGCUUCGUACUGCUUCAACGCCUCGAACAUUGUUAUUGAGAGGCCAGUCAAGUGCUAUAAGCUUUUUAUUUGCUAGAAAAUUAGCAUCUAAAGCUCACUCGAAUAGACCCACUAUUUUGACAACCAAGGAUGAUCUGCUGAGACAUCGUGUGAAGAUCAUGAGAAUUGUUGGAAUCUUUCCCGAAUCUGUUGCUUACGUCGUUAAGGAAUCGCCAGGGGUGCUAACGGCAAGGAUCGAGGAAUCUUUACCUGACAAGAUCAAAUGUUUUGAAGAAUUGAAUGUAAAACCAAAGUUUACCAAAGAUGAAAUACUCCAUGUGUUGACAAAAUGUCCAACAAUCAUUGCUGCUUACACGGUGGAGUCAUUGCAAAAGAAGGUCCAGUUCUUGGAAGAAGAACUGAAAUUUAAUAAACAUCACAUCAAAAAUAUCAUUCUCAAACAGCCAUCUGUUUUGACAUUCAGCAAUGAUGCACUCAAAGAAAAGUGGAAUUAUUGUUUUGAGAAGAUCAAUGUAAGUCCAACAGGCAUAGCACGUUGUCCCAGGGUGUUUCAGUGCUCCCUUAAAAGAAUUAAAGAAAGGCAUUUGUAUCUAAAGCAUCUGGGACUCAUAAAAGAUGAGACAAUAAUCGAUGAUUAUGGGCUUGGUCUUAUUGUGACUCCUUCCGACAAAAGGUUUGCAGAAAAAGUUGCUAAAAUGUCAUUGGAUGAAUUUGAUGAGUUCAGGGAUGAACUUGACCUCUCAAGCAAGGAGUGAUGUUGGAGAAGAUGGCAGCUACUUUUUGAAAUUAUAUUGACUGCGAAAAAUGAUGAUGAUCAUGUAAAUGACUAACCCCAAAUAUACAGUCAAACACUUUUUAACUCUUUUACCCUCAAGAGUGAGUAUCACCCUUGAAUUAGAUGUAAAGGUUGUGAGGAUAAAGG